ACGCGGUCUCCACUUCUCUACCCAUACUUCUCGUGCUCCCGGCUCUCCUUUCUGCGCAAUGUCGCUCAGCAAGAAGAACGAAGAGGCGGGCGGUGUAGGCUCCUUUUACCAGGACAAGGCCUCGGUGGUACAAGAAGCUAGAGCCUUCAAUGAGACGCCCGUCUCCCCUAGAAAGUGCAGAAUUGUACUCACAAAGGUCCUGUAUCUCUUGUAUACUGGGGAGACUUUUGGAAGGCAGGAGGCAACGACGCUCUUCUUUGGGUGUACAAAGCUGUUUCAGAACAAGGACUCUGCCCUCCGUCAGAUGGUGUAUCUAGCCAUCAAGGAGCUCUGCCCGCUUGCAGACGAUGUCAUCAUGGUCACCGCCUCUAUUAUGAAGGACAUGCAACCCAACGUAGAAGUCAUCUACCGGCCCAAUGCCAUCAGAGCUCUCAGCCGCGUGGUCGACCCAUCUAUGGUUCAGGGACUAGAGCGCUUCUUCAAGUCCGCCAUCGUCGAUCGAAACACAUCCAUCUCGUCUGCUGCCCUCGUCUCCUCUUACCACCUACAGGUUGGCGCUCGAGAUGUAGUCAGGCGAUGGGGAAAUGAAGCGCAGGAAGCCAUCAGCCCCAAGUCCUCAUCGGGCGGUGGUGGAGGCGGAUUUGGUGGCUUUGGCUUUGGACUAGGUGGUGGUGGACAGCAGCAGCAGAGCCAGGGUGGCUUCCAAAGCAUUCCUAGCAGCUCCAACAUCGUCCAGUACCAUGCCCUCGGUCUCCUCUACCUCAUCCGAUCGAGCGACCGCAUGGCAGUCACGAAGCUCGUGCAGCAGCUUUCAGGCGCUGCCUCUGGCCGCGGAACCUCAGCACCGGUCCUGCGCAGCCCGAUGGCUCUGUGCAUGUUGGUCAGGUACGCUGCCAAGGUGGCAGAGGAGGACCCCAACCUCCGGGGUGUCAUGAUGGAGCUUCUGGAGAACUGGCUCAGACACAAGUCUGACAUGGUCAAUUAUGAAGCUGCUCGAGCCAUUUGCGAGAUGAGGGGAGUCACUACUGCCGAGCUCGCUCGCCCAAUUGCUGUCCUCCAGCUCUUCCUCUCCUCGUCAAAGGCAACUCUUAAGUUCGCUGCGAUCCGAACGCUCGCCAAGCUCGCUCAGUCUCAGCCGGCAGCCGUGUCGAACUGCAACGUGGACAUGGAGAAUCUCAUCACUGAUCCCAACCGAAGCGUUGCAACGUACGCCAUCACUACCUUGUUGAAGACGGGUACCGAGGCCUCUGUCGAUCGCUUGAUGAAGCAGAUCAGCACAUUUAUGAGCGAGAUCUCGGAUGAAUUCAAGGUCAUCGUAGUGGACGCUAUCCGCUCUCUCACGCUCAAGUUCCCGACGAAGCAGGUCACCAUGCUUGCAUUCCUCUCUGGCGUCCUGCGCGACGAAGGAGGGUACGAGUUCAAAAAGGCAGUCGUGGAGGCAAUCUUUGAUAUGAUCCGCUUCAUUGGGGACUGCAAAGAGGCUGCUCUAGCGCACCUUUGCGAGUUCAUCGAGGACUGCGAGUUCACAAAGCUUUCCGUACGCGUUCUCCACGUUCUGGGAAGUGAAGGACCCAAGAUGCUCACUCCGCAAAAGUACAUUCGCUACAUCUACAACCGAGUCAUCCUCGAGAAUGCCAUUGUGCGAGCUGCCGCCGUCAAUGCCCUCGCCAAAUUCGGAGUGAAUGACAAGGCGCUUGCUGGACGCAUCGAGGUUCUGCUCACCCGGUGCUUGGACGACGUGGAUGAUGAAGUGCGAGACCGUGCUGCUCUCAAUCUCAAGCUGCUCUCGAACACAACUCUCGCCGACCGCCUCAUCAAGGAUGAGUCGUCCUUUAAGCUCAACGAUCUCGAGACUCAGCUGCAAAAUUACCUCACUGCCGGUCCGUCCUCUGCCGCGUUCGAUGUGUCUUCCGUCGCGAGAAUCUCGCGAGAGGAAGCUCAGCAGGAGGCACUGCGGGCCAAGACGGCUGCUGCUUCGCAAGUCGCCAUGGCUUCCGAGGGCUCCUCCAAGGUGGCCUCUACGUCUGCUGCCGGUGCCCAUGCAAAUGGUGGUGGUGUGAGCUCCUCCUUCGCUGAUGCUCAGAGUGCCUACGCGUCGGAUUUGAGCUCAAUUUCGCAAUUAUCCAGCUAUGGACCUCUGCUGAAGUCUUCUUCGAAGCCCGUCGAGCUGACAGAGAGGGAGACGGAAUACGUCGUCACGGCAGUCAAGCACGUCUAUGCAGAGCACAUUGUCCUGCAAUUCAACGUCACCAACACUCUUUCUGAGGCCGUGCUGGAGGACGUGGCCGUAGUGGUGGGAGGUGCAGAGGAUGCCGGUCUAACGGAAGACUUUAUUCUACCCGUCGGCCUGCUGAAUCAGGACUCUCCCACUGGAAAAGUCUACGUCUCCUUUACCCGCAACGGUGGUGCGAAUGAGUUCCCACAGGGCUCACUGACGGCCACGCUGCGCUUCACGACAAAGGAGGUAGACCCAUCUUCGGGCGAGGUAGAAGAGGAAGGAUUUGAAGACUCAUACGAGAUCGAGGCGCUGGAUCUGGGCGUGUCCGACUAUGUGCAGCCUAGAUUCUGCGACUUUGAGAGGGAGUGGGGGGAGCUGGGAAGCAGUGGCGCUGCUAGUGCUACGGAGACGUACUCGCUCACGGCUGUUGCGUCUCUCAAGGACGCAUGCGACCUUCUGAUCCCACUACUUGGUCUCGAAGCUCUGGGAGGUACCGACAGUCCCACCUCCAGCAGUGUCCACACUCUCACUCUUGCCGGCUCCGUGGUAGGUGUGAAUGCAGGCAAGGCAGCGCAGCAAAAGGUCCUCACGCGUGCGAGAAUGACCUACUCUUCUGCAGAAGGGGUAGGUUUGGAGUUGGCUGUGAGGGCACAGAGUGAAGAGGCAGUGGGACUGAUGAUGAGCGCGAUUUGAUUGGGGAGUGGGAGCGGCUCAGCGCAGGUGGAAGGAGC